AAAGCGGCGGCUCAGCUGGUUAAUUUUUGGAACUGGGAAGUGUGGCCUAUGUAUGCAUUCCUCCUCACAUCACACGAACAGUGUUCCCUGUCCAAAAAAGAAAAGGACUUUCCUCUCUCCACACGCAUUGCUCAGUGAACCACUCAGCCCAGGUGGAUUACAGUGGAAGAGUAUUUAGUAAAACUUUGCUUCCCUUCAUAAAUAAUAGCCUUCUAUGGAGCCAGAAAGGUUAAAUUCUCCCGACACUUCAGCGAUUCUAUUUGAAGUUUUAGGCCAUCAAUUACAGUUCUCUCAGGAUCCCAAUUCCAAGCAUUUGGGAACUACAGUUUGGGAUGCAUCAAUGGUGCUUGUCAAAUAUCUGGAAAAAAAUUGCAGAAAGGGAAGGUUUUCCCCUUCUAAACUGAAAGGAAAACGUGUUAUUGAACUUGGGGCAGGAUGUGGAGUGGCUGGCUUUGGCAUGGCAUUGCUAGGAUGUGACGUAGUCUCCACAGACCAAACUGAGGUUUUGCCAUUGCUAAUGAGAAAUUGUGAGCGUAAUGCAUCAAGGAUCAUGCAAAUGAAUCCUGGUUCAGAUUCCUUUGGUUCCAUCCAGGUUGCAGAGUUGAGCUGGGGUAAUGUGGAUCAAAUAAAGGCUGUUGAUCCACCGUUUGACUACAUCAUUGGCACUGAUGUUGUUUAUGCAGAGCAUCUCCUGGAACCACUUUUGCAGACAAUGCUUGCGUUGUCCGGACCAAAAACCACUAUUCUGUUGGGGUACGAGAUUCGUUCUACAAAUGUCCAUGAACAAAUGCUCAACCUGUGGAAGAGAAACUUUGAGGUGAAAAUUGUUCCAAAAACAAAGAUGGACAGUAAGUACCAGCAUCCAAGUAUCCAACUUUUCAUCAUGGGCAUAAAGCCUCCAGAAGGAAGCGUAGAAACCACGAACCAGGGGAUUGAUCGGCAAAUUGAUGAGAUUGAAACUACAGAAACCAAUCAUGGAGAAGACGAAGAUGGUGAUAAAAGUAGUUGCAUUGAUGGAUUGGAUGAUUCUGGCAGCAAUGAAGUCAAAGAAGAUAGCAUGGUAGUUCCAAGUAUUCAGAAUGAUAAUCUUAGCGAAUGGGAAGCAAGAAGAUUUGGCUCUAUGGCAGCUAGGCUUCUUCGAGAUGUCAGCAUUACUUAAUUAUUUCUGUUUUUGUAUUUGUGGCUUGUUGGCUCUCUUGUAUCGCCCUUUAUGAAAAAGCAUUAGGAAUGCUAUCAAAGGUUUUUUGAACCACGAAACUUUGUAUACUUUAGCCUUUUUACUUGGUGUAAAUCAUAUUGGGGCCUUUUGGGAAGUGAGUUAUAAUCCACUUCUCAGAUUGUAACCCACUUCUCUCUCUCACAAAAAGCAGCUUUUAACCAUCUUCUCAAAAUAGUCCA